CGGGGACACCUGCCUGCCCAUCCCGCCCGCGCCCUGCGUGUCCUCGAGUGCUGGCGGCGUCUUGCUAGGAGGCUCAUCACCGGCAGGGACAGAAAGCAACUCCUUUCUCCGAAUUCCCCGGGCUUCUCCGGCUCCCACCUCGCUGCUUCCCGACGUGGCCCUCGAUAAGCGGUAGCGCCAUUCAUGAUAGAGGGGGAAAGAGGCUUAAAGUCAUUAUGUUCCUUUCGUGGGGGGAUGUGCUGUCGAAUCCUGCAUCCCUGUGCGUCCGCUGCUGUAAGAUGGCUUUGAAAUUCACCAGUGCAUGCUUUCUUCAGGCAGACAGAAUUUAUUACGCUAUUACAUUGCUACAUAAAAGCAGAAGGGAUCCCACUGAGCGUGGCUCGUUUCAUCCAGUCCCCGGGUUUUCCCAGCAUGUUCUGGCUGAGCCUUUGGAUUUUUGUUUUAAACACUGAGCGCUGGGAUGCUCCUGUUGUCACAGGGCUGACCUGCUGAAAUUGCUGGAAUUGAUUUCUCCGUCAAUAGGAGGGAGCUUCGUGUAGAGACAUCAUGGAACCUUUCUGGCAUAUCAGGCCUCUGACUCCAUCUCCCCCACCCCACCCCCUUUGGGCCCAUUUUCCUCUCAAGUGAAGGCUAGGGAUGGCUUGUCUGUCCCCACUUCUUGUUUUUGAGCUCCUCUGCUUAGAUUUAAUUCAAUUCUGUGUUUUUGGCUAGAGCAGUAGCUUGGAGGUGAAAAGAGAAGGAGGGGUGGAGUAAAAGGGGGGUGGGCGGCAGAGGGGGACAGCAGCGUCAGUGACAGAAAACAUGUGAUGGACAUUUGGAGACUCCAUAUCUAUAGCCCCCAGAAACAUAGAUGAGGUAGCUGGCUAUCUACAGAAUGAGGGGUGUGUGUGUGUGUGUGUGUGUGUGAGUGUGAGAGAGAGAGAGAGAGAGAGAGAGUGAGUUUGGGCUGGGAGGGGGUGGGGAGGAGGGCUAGGAUGCUGACAGCAAUUUUCUGCCCCACCCUCUUCCUAGCUGCCUUAAAUAGCCCCUUGCCUGCUGGCUCUGGUGUCUGCUCUUGGCCUGAGGGGAAAGGAGGGAAGGGUUGGUCUCUUGGCACCUCUGUCUGGGCUCUGUUGGAAUAGAAGGUUAGGAAAGGGUUACUUCUUCAGGGGUUGCAGAGAGCACGUUUUUUCAGCUGGAGGACCCUGAGACUACUAGCUCUGGAGACGUCCCAGCAGGGAAUUAGCAACUGAAUUGAAAUGCUCACCGUGGAGUGAAGAGAUAGGAGUUGACAUCUGUUGGAAGAGUUUGUGAAACCCUCUCUCUGCCCAGAAUUCCAGGACCAAUGCAUCUUCCCACCACCUUAAGCCAGUGAGCAGUUCAGAGCCCCAGUUUCAGAAGACUUGUCCUGCUGCCACCAUGAGCUCUGAAUGUGAUGUCGGUGCUUCCAAAGCCGUGGUGAAUGGCUUGGCCCCCGGCAGUGAUGGGCAAGACAAAGCAACUGCCGACCCUUUACGUGCACGCUCUAUUUCUGCUGUUAAAAUAAUUCCUGUGAAGACAGUGAAAAACGCUUCAGGCCUAGUCCUACCUACAGACAUGGAUCCUACAAAAAUCUGCACUGGGAAGGGAACGGUGACUCUCCGGGCCUCAUCUUCCUACAAGGAAAUCCCGAGCAGUACCCCUGUGAGCCCGCAGGAAACCCCACAACACGCGAGCAAACCAGGUCUGGAGCCAGAGCAUUCCACAACAGAUGAGUGGAGGCUUUCUUCCAAUGCUGAUGCCAAUGGAAAUGCCCAGCCCUCUUCACUGGCUGCCAAGGGCUACAGAAGUGUGCAUCCCAACCUUCCUUCCGACAAGCCCCAGGUUUUCUCUCCCUCACGCCCUCCUCUCCCUAAAGAGGGCCGCUUUGCAUGGCAGCUCCCCACCAGCCACAGUACCUAUAAGGACUCCCUCUACCUGAGCUCACCUAAACCUUACGUCUCACCUGGCACUGCCAGCCAGCAGAACCCCUCACGACCCCGGCCCAUCUCUGUCUCCCUGGCAGCUGGAUCGGCUCCCAAAGGUGCAGCGUGUCCUGGUCCUUUGCUUCCAGAGUCCACAUUCCUCAGUGCUUCAUCCCAACCCCAGCAGCACUAUGCAGCCACCAGGAUAGUUGGUAGUAAGAAUGUGAGCUCUAACCCAUGUCAUGAGGCAGUUGGGAAUAAAAAGGUCAGCAGCUUAUAUGUACCUUGUUUAUCCAAUAACAUUUGCCCAGCGGCGUCAGAAAACUCCUCUCGUGUUGCACGUGACCCGGCCAAAGGCACUGCCCUGGCGGCUGCAGGCACCCGAGCACCAGCUCCCAGCCCUGUCUCCCGCACAGCCGGCACAGGAAAACCACCCCCUGCUCCUCCUCCUGACCCUCCCACGCUGUUCUUCGACAUCUGUAAAGAUGCCGCUAACCGUGGUGAGAGUCCUUCCCUGGGGACUCGGGCUUCGUUCCCAGAUGCAGUGAGACCACCUGUGCUAGGCCCCCAGAUUACCUCUGAUCCCGAAAACCGGAAGAGCAAAGAACCUUACCUUUUGCAGCCGAGUUAUCCAGCCAAGGGUGCCACUUCCACCAGCCCAGCCCAGCCCGAGGUAAUAGUGGUCCCUCUCUACCUGGUUAAUACUGACAGAGGGCAAGAAGGCACUGCCAGACCUCCAGCAUCUCUGGGGCCGCUGGACCGCGUCCCCACAGUCCCGGCGACCGCCCCUGCCGCCUCACCUCUGACCUUCCCAACUCUAGACGAUUUCAUUCCCCCUCAUCUGCAGAGGCGGCCCCACCACAGCCAGCCGGCCAGUGCGCCUGGCUCCCUUCCCCCCGUUAGCCAGACACCACCAUCCUUCUCACCACCACCUCCGCUGGUCCCUCCCGUACCGGAGGACCUCCGCAGAGUCUCGGAGCCUGAGCCCACGGGAGCCGUUUCGAGUACCGGUUCCAGUCCUCUAUUAAAUGAAGUUCCUUCUUCCCGUACUGGAACUGAUUCCCAAGCCUUUACACCAGUUAGCAAGUCAUCUUCCGCCUACCCUUCCACAACCAUCGUCAAUCCUACUAUUGUGCUCUUGCAGCACAACCGAGAACAGCAAAAACGACUCAGUAGCCUUUCAGAUCCUGCCUCAGAAAGAAGAGUGGGAGAGCAGGACUCAGCGCCAACCCAGGAAAAACCCACCUCACCUGGCAGGGCUGCGGAAAAGAAAGCGAAGGAUGACAGCAGGCGGGUGGUUAAGAGCGCUCAGGACCUGAGCGAUGUGUCCAUGGAUGAAGUGGGCAUCCCUCUCCGGAACACCGAGAGAUCAAAAGACUGGUACAAGACUAUGUUCAAACAGAUCCACAAACUAAACAGAGACACUCCUGAAGAAAACCCUUAUUUCCCUACGUACAAAUUCCCCGAACUUCCUGAAAUCCAGCCAACUUCUGAAGAGGACAAUCCUUACACUCCUACCUACCAGUUUCCUGCAUCUACUCCUAGUCCUAAGUCUGAAGAUGAUGAUUCAGAUCUGUACUCUCCUCGAUACUCCUUUUCUGAAGACACAAAAUCUCCCCUUUCUGUGCCUCGUUCAAAAAGUGAGAUGAGCUGCUUUGAUGGUGAGAAGGUAGUUAAGAGGUCAGCCACACUACCCCUCCCAGCCCGCUCUUCCUCGCUGAAGUCCAGCCCAGAAAGAAAUGACUGGGAGCCCCCAGAUAAGAAAGUGGAUACGAGAAAAUACCGUGCAGAGCCCAAAAGCAUUUACGAAUAUCAACCGGGCAAGUCUUCCGUUCUGACUAACGAAAAGAUGAGUCGGGAUAUAAGCCCAGAAGAGAUAGAUUUAAAGAAUGAACCUUGGUAUAAAUUCUUUUCGGAAUUGGAGUUUGGGAAACCGCCUCCCAAAAAGAUAUGGGAUUAUACUCCUGGAGACUGCUCUAUCCUUCCUAGAGAGGAUAGAAAGACUAAUCUAGACAAAGAUCUCAACCUCUGCCAAACAGAGUUAGAGGCAGAUUUAGAAAAAAUGGAGACGCUUAAUAAAGCACCCAGUGCAAACCUGCCACAGAGCUCAGCAAUCAGCCCUACUCCGGAUAUUUCUUCAGAGCCUCCUGGAUAUAUAUAUUCUUCCAACUUCCAUGCAGUGAAGAGGGAAUCAGAUGGGGCUCCCGGGGAUCUCGCUAGCUUGGAGAACGAAAGACAGAUUUAUAAAAGUGUUUUGGAAGGUGGUGACAUCCCUCUUCAGGGCCUCAGUGGGCUCAAGCGGCCGUCCAGCUCGGCUUCCACUAAAGUGGAUCGUAAAGGUGGGAAUGCUCACAUGAUUACUUCAUCUUCAGUUCAUAGCCGAACACUUAACACUAGCAGUGCGUUAGGCCCUGUGUGUAAGCACAAGAAGCCCCUGUCAGCCGCGAAAGCCUGCAUUUCGGAAAUCCUUCCUUCCAAAUUCAAACCCAGGCUCUCUGCUCCCAGCGCUCUUUUGCAGGAACAGAAGAGUGUCCUGUUGCCCUCGGAGAAGGCUCAGAGCUGUGAGAACCUUUGUGUUUCAGUUUCUUUGAAUGAUUCUAAAAGAGGCCUCCCCCUCCAAGUGGGGGGCAGCAUCGAGAACCUGCUCAUGCGCUCCCGGCGGGAUUAUGACAGCAAGUCGAGCAGCACCAUGAGCCUCCAGGAGUACAGCACCAGCGCCAGGAGGCCCUGCCCUCUCUCUCGAAAGGCUGGGAUGCAGUUCACCAUGUUGUAUCGGGACAUGCACCAGAUCAACCGAGCUGGCCUCUACCUGGGAUCCAUUUCCUCCUCUAGCGUGCGGGAUCUUGCCUCCCACUUUGAAAGGAGCAGCCUGGCGCUGGCCAGGGGCGAGCUGGGCCCCAGCCAGGAGGGCUCAGAGCACAUCCCCAAGCACACCGUCUCCUCCCGCAUCACUGCUUUUGAGCAGCUGAUUCAGCGGUCGCGAUCCAUGCCGUCCCUGGACCUAUCUGGCAGGCUAAGCAAGUCUCCCACACCAGGGCUGCCCCGGGGCGGCCUGACCUCAGCCCGCUCAGCCGAGUCCCUCCUUGAGUCCACCAAGCUCCAUCCGAAGGAGAUGGACAGAGUGAACUCCGGCGGGGUCUAUGCCUCCCCAGCGUGCAGCGAUAUGGCGGACCACACCUUGGGCUUCAGGGGCCUCGUGCCUUCUGAGCCCCUCUCCACCUGCUCCGAUGACCUGGACCACUGUUCAAACGCCUCCAAUGACAGCAGAGAGGGCAGCAGUGGCAGCGUUCAUGGGGACUUCCCCAAACAUCGCCUCAACAAGUGCAAGGGCACCUGCCCAGCCUCGUACACCCGCUUCACCACCAUCCGGAAGCAUGAGCAGCAGCAGACCCCCAGACAGCCCGACUGGCGCCUGGAUUCCAGAGGGGACAAGAGCACCCUCCUCAGGAACAUCUACCUAAUGAGCCCCCUCCCUUUUCGGUUGAAAAAGCCCCUCCAGCACCACGCCAGACAGCCUUCCCUUGGUGACUCCUCCAGCCUCCCGGUGGGCCAGAAGCCAGACCUCCCCAGCCAGCCCCACCAGGACCAGCCCUCUGCGGGGAAGCCCUUGGUUCCCAUACGCGUGUCUUCCCGCCACACCAUGGCCAGGCUUGGCCGCAGCUCAGAGCCCCCUCGGGAGAGACCCUCGGUCCCGGAGGACUUCCCAAGGGCCAUUAAUAAUGGGAACUCCGUGCCACACUCAGACCACGGCCUGGACAGGAACAACAACCCCCACAGUGAACUGGCACCACCCUGCGGAGAUUCAGAAUCACCAAGGCAUUUUAUACCAGCUGAUUACUUGGAAUCCACAGAAGAAUUUAUUCGAAGACGUCAUGAUGAUAAAGAGAAACUUUUAGCGGACCAGAGACGACUUAAGCGCGAGCAAGAAGAGGCCGAUAUCGCAGCUCGACGCCACACGGGCGUCAUCCCGACGCACCAUCAGUUUAUCACUAAUGAGCGCUUUGGGGACCUUCUCAAUAUAGACGAUACUGCAAAAAGGAAAUCUGGGUCAGAGAUGAGACCUGCCAGAGCCAAAUUUGACUUCAAAGCUCAGACACUAAAGGAGCUUCCUCUGCAGAAGGGAGAUAUUGUUUACAUUUAUAAGCAAAUUGAUCAGAACUGGUACGAAGGAGAACACCACGGCCGGGUGGGAAUCUUCCCACGCACCUACAUCGAGCUUCUUCCUCCUGCCGAGAAGGCUCAGCCCAAAAAGUUGACACCAGUGCAGGUUUUGGAAUAUGGAGAAGCUAUUGCUAAGUUUAACUUUAAUGGUGAUACGCAAGUAGAAAUGUCCUUCAGAAAGGGCGAGAGGAUCACACUGCUCCGACAGGUGGAUGAGAACUGGUACGAAGGAAGGAUCCCGGGGACAUCACGACAAGGCAUCUUCCCCAUCACCUAUGUGGACGUGAUGAAACGGCCACUGGUGAAAAACCCCAUGGAGUACAUCGACCUGCCUUACUCCUCCUCCCCGAGUCGUAGUGCCACUGCGAGCCCACAGUUCCCCAGUCAGAGCAAGCUCCUCAUGCCAGCCCCCUCAUCUCUGCCCCACUCCCGCCGAGCCCUGUCCCCUGAGAUGCACGCUGUCACCUCCGAGUGGAUCUCGCUGACCGUGGGGGUCCCCAGCAGGCGUUCUCUGGCCCUGACCCCACCCUUGCCGCCUCUGCCAGAGGCUUCUGUCUACAGCACUGACCACCUCGCCCUGUCGUCCAGGGCCGGCCCCUCCCUGUCUCUCAGCCUCCCACAGUCUAGUUGGUCAGAUCGUCCCAUGCCACGAUCCAUGGCUUCCCCACUGGCCCUACCUGCCCCCCACAAAGCCUACUCCCCAGUGCCUGGCGCCCAGGCAUCCCUUCACAUCAAUGGAGACAGUGGUGUCCACAUGCCACCUUCAGGCAUCCGCCAAGAUAGCUUCUCCCAGCCCCUGCUCGGGAGCUCUGAUAGUGUCAUCUCGGAGCUUAGCGAUGCCUUUAGCAGCCAGAGCAAGAGGCAGCCAUGGCAAGAAGAGAACGGACACUAUGAGAGGAAAGCAGAGAGGGAAGCAGGUGAGAGAUGCCCUGGUGGACCCAAGAUCUCUAAGAAGAGCUGCUUGAAGCCUUCAGACGUGGUCAGGUGCCUGAGUACUGAACAGAGACUCUCAGAUCUCCACACCCCUGAGGAGAGCCGGCCCGGCAAGCCCCUGGGUGGCCCUUUUCCAGGAAGGGAGGCAGAGCAGCCAGAGCGGCAUAGAGGUGGGAGCCAGCCUUCUCAUCAUUCAUUGAGAGCAGGACCUGAUCUCACAGAAUCUGAAAAGAGCUAUGUGGAAGCAGUUUGCAAUGAGAUCAUAAACAUUGCCGAAAAAUCUGUUCAUUACUGCAGCACUGUUUCUCAUCCCCUUGACUUUCAUCACAAGGUAUCCCCUUCUGACAAUAAAUCAUCUUUAAUCAUUUCUCAGCAACCUCAAGCCCAGCAGCGAAGAGUCACCCCAGACAGGAGUCAAACCUCACAAGAUUUAUUUAGCUACCAAGCAUUAUAUAGCUAUAUACCCCAGAAUGAUGAUGAAUUGGAACUCCGAGAUGGAGAUAUCGUUGAUGUCAUGGAAAAAUGUGAUGAUGGAUGGUUUGUUGGUACUUCAAGAAGGACGAGGCAGUUUGGUACUUUUCCAGGCAACUAUGUAAAACCUUUGUAUCUAUAAGAAGAUUGAAAACUUCGGAGAUUAUUUUUAUUGGAGGAUAAAGCAUAAUUUGCAAACCGAUCUCUUUAGUUGAGUCAGUAGGAAAAUUAAUGCAAUGGAUAAAGUAAGAAGUAAAAGAGAGGAACAGAGGAGUGUUGUUUGAAAUCCAAGCCUGUCUGACAUUUCUGUGUAUCAGACAGGGUCGAAUGGUGUGCUGAGCAAAAAGAAUUGAGGCAAAUCGCAUUUACUUAGCUGCUUCUGGAGCCACAUCAGCCUUCCCCUCCCCUCCACCUCCUGGGUAAUCUGACCGGGAGCACAGUCCAGAAGCAGAGUUAGCCGGAAAUGCCUCCUGCUGCCCCAGCCCUAACCAGCUCCUGUCUCAAAGGGGUCAUCGAGCCUGAAGCAACCCUCAAGGUGCCAGGCAGUUCCCCAGCCAUUUUUCAGAGGCUUCGAGCCUGAGAAUCCACCGACUGCCUGGCCUCCAGUCCCCCGUUGCCCUGGAGCCAGCUGACCCCCCAGCACUCCUGGAGAUCAGUCUGGAGUGCAGAAGCUGUCCCCAGGCAGAGGUGGAGCUCCCCAGAUUGCCUAAGACCACCUCCCUCUCUGGACCUGCUGAGGUACGGGUGGGGAAAUGGAGGUAGAACAUGGCACCCAGUGCAUGCAGCCUGCUAUGCAGCGCCGCCACUGACUGCCGUGGUGUUCAGACGGAAAAGCACACAAGAUUUGCCCGUGAGAGCUGGGAGCAGAUGGCCAGGCAGAUAGGUUACAUUUGUAUUUCCAAGUGAUUAAGUCAAGAAGCGGCCCUGUAGCCCUCGAGGCCACUUGCAGUGCAUUGCUUUCCCAUAUCGCUGGCUUUUAUAGAUGGCCACCUUCAGGGCAGUGCAGCCUCAUUUAUCAGAGCCUCAUUACUAACCCUUCUUUUCUGGCUUGUGUUUGGUGGGACAGUUUGGAAUUGAUAGGCCUAUUUUCAUAGAAAACCAAGAAUGGUGUCCAGGGAUUCAUUUGACAUACACCAAUGUGCUCUGGCUGCUGGGGAGACCCAGGGGCAGGACUUGCCCCAGACUGAAGGGCCUCGCCAAGUCUCCCGUCUCCCUCUCUGAAAGAGUUCAAGGACCACCCAAAAUUCACAGGGCUGUGAACCCAAAUGCAGCCUGGUGAGGCUUCUCUGCAGAGGGAAGCAGCGAUCCUGCUGCCACCAGCAGUGACCAGGAGGCCUGUCCUUUGUGGGGGCAGAUCUGAGGAGGGAGGCCCCUCCGAUGCUCGGGGUGCUUAGUUACAACUCUGUCCAGCUUGAGGAUGUUUGUUGGGCUCUCUGUUGGACCCCUUAGUGAGACAAAGAUAGAAAUGACCCAUUCCUUGCCCACCAGGAACUCAGUGGUUAUGGGGGAGACAGCCACAGAAAAAGGAACUUAAUCAAGAGAGACUGUGGUAUGUGCUAAGAAGGGUGUGAAAGAAGAAGAGAUGAAUUUUCCCUGGAGGGAUCCUAGAAAGCAUUGUCAUAUUUCUGUCUCUAUUAGCUCACUUUUGAAAAUCUAGGAUGCUGGAAGAACCUUUGUCUGAGGGUGGAUCAUGGCUGGAAAUACUUGGAACUUUGUCCAGAGCUCCAGGCUCUCGACUUCUUCAUAAAUACUCAUCCGAGGUCACAAAUAGCUGUUCUGGGGGGUAGGGGCGUGUACAGGAAAACCACUGGCUGUCUGCAUAUAGCUCAGAAUUACCCCAGCACCAUUGUCUUCACAAGUAAGCAGAAUUUGUCUCAGUGCCUGUGCCUCAGCUGCUCAGAUGCCCAUCUUAGGAUCCCACCAGCUUCCCACCCCCCACCAGAUAGCCACAAAACCUUCACUUUUUCUCCCUAUCCUCCUUUUAAAUCCUGUUCUCAGGAAAAAAAUUGCCACUGAUUCAUUCAUACUAAAGUGUAAAUGACUGAUAAGAGGAAUGUGUUAGUCUUCCCACAGACAUUUGUUUUUGUCUAGGCCAGAGGAAACCUCAAGGGAAAAGGCUUAUGGAACUGGAGGGGUCAAGGGAGCUUCCUGGGUAGAAAGAGCCUUUUUGAUUGUCCUCAGGACCCAGUGACAAUAGACCUAUUGCUUUGGAAGGUCUGCUCCACUGUCCAAGAGCACUGUGUUUUUGACUUUCUCUCUCCGAGGGAAUAUAGUAAAAAUACAUAUUAACGUGCAUUUUGCACGGCAGCAUUUCACCCAUUUUGGAAUGUAUUGGCUAAUGCGUUUCCCGGUCUGUCUUAGAUGCAAACCAUUAAUAACACUAUCUUAUCUAACAGUUUUUUGAGGGGUGCUUCUUGAUUAAGUAGGUAAUUUUGAACACCUCCUUAAAUACAGCUAGAAAAUAAAACCAAUUUGUAAAGCCACAUUUGCAUAUGAUGCCAGCCUCAUGCAUUUGUAUAUCUCCAGAAAUCCAGGUAUGCCUCACUGAUCUGCCCGUCUUUAAUAAAGUCAUGUGUUAAAAUUUGCAUCACUUCAGCUUCCUAUAUAUGACAAAACAAGGAACACAGGUUUCCAAUUGCUCUUUUGUCUUCAGACAUUUAGUAAUAUAAAGUACCUAUUUUUAUGCUGAAAUGUUUAUACUGGUUUAUUAAUAGCAAGUGCAACUAACUGGCGGCAUGCCUUGCAACAAUUUUGAUAUACUAGCCAUGCUUCCGGGUAAAGGCAAGCCCAAACUACUUAUCUUUUGCAGUCUCUCUGGGAUCAGUAAAAGAAAAAAAAAAUCAUGUGCUUAAGAAGUGGGACUGUAAAUAUGUAUAUUUAACUUUGUAUAGCCCAUGUACCUACCUUGUAUAGAAAAAUAAUUUUAAAACUUUGAAUGGAAGGGGGGUAAAGUAAGGAAGUCAUGAAGUUUUUUGCAUUUUUAUUUAAAUGAAGGAAUUCCAAAUAACUCACCUGAAGAUUUUUAGCACAAAAAUAGCCAUUGUAAAGUGUUAAAAUUUACAAUAAUUAUUCUUUUGGGAGGAGAAGGUAGUUAUAAUUUCAAUUAUCCUUUUUUUUUCUUAAUUUUUAUUUUUGGGGGGAAUUUUGUUUGAUUUUUUUUUUUUUUGGCAGUCCUAUUUAUCUACAGUACCAUUAAGUCCUAUUGCUAGAAUAGGUUACUACAAAAGAUUAUAUUCUGAAAGAAAAAUAACUGACGUUAUAUAUAACCAAUUAAUUUAAAGUAUUGCCAUUUACAUUACACACUGAGAGCAUGUACUAUGCAGACAUAGAUUUUUCUGUUCAUUUAUUUUUCUUUAUUGCAGUGGAUUUGAUAAAUGUGUUGAAUUACUACAUUUGCUGUACAUAUUAUUUAAUAAACUUUAUUCUGAAUCGUGUGGCA